AGUUAAAAAUAAUUAAUAAGCAUGCGUUGCUAUCCGACCUCGGAUGUGAACUUUCGUGUUGAGUUCAGCGAUGGAUGGGAUAGAUAUUGUCGUUGGCUUAAUAAACAAUGGAAUUAUACAGAUUUGUCGCCCACAACAACUAUUGCCUAUUGGCGUGAUCUUGAAGGCGCAAAAAUUGAACAUAUUCUGAUGGCGGAUUUGUAUUUUGACAACUGGUUGAAGACGCGCUUGAAUGAGGGUGCAUGCUUGCCCUUAUUGUAUGCAGGUGGCAAUCGUUUUAUAAGGUUGGAAAAGGAUUUUCCAGCUGGGUUCAGAUGCGCUCCUUUGCCAAUGAAUCUUAAGGAAUACAGAGAAAUGCAGGCCAUAGUAAAAG